GGUCGCCUGAAAAAUAAUCGAGCUUAUCUCGUUUACAAGCGUUUGAGGUUAUAUUUGGGAAGCUUCGGAGUGUUUUGGAGUCGCUUUUUCCAGUUCACGCGACAAUAAAUCGACUUCGUUCGGCGUUCAUCACUCAUCAAAUGUAUUUGUCAAAGAUGUUUCGUAAAGUUCCAGUGAAGUUGGUGAAGAAUGCUCAGCGAAGUUACUCGAUUCCAAACGCCGUUUACACGAGUAAGCUGUCAUUCAUCAACGACUCGAACUCCGUGAUUCCAACGUAUCAAGUGAUGAGCAACGAGUGUUCCGGUAAAUCGUUGAAAAUCCAAGAUUUGAGAAUCAACAAGGAUACCCUGGUCAAAGCCUACAAAAGCAUGCUACAACUCCACACGAUGGACUCGAUCUUGUACGAAUCUCAGCGCCAAGGGCGCAUCUCCUUCUACAUGACGAAUUUCGGGGAAGAAGCCGUGCAAAUAGGAUCGGCCGCAGCCUGGCUCGCGGAAGACUUGAUCUACGCACAGUAUCGGGAGAGCGGUAUUCUUCUGUGGCGAGGCUUCCACAUCUCGGAGUUCGUGAACCAGUGUUACGGCAAUCACGAGGACAAGAACAAGGGCAGGCAAAUGCCAGUUCACUACGGAUCGAAGACCUUGAAUUUCAUGACCAUCUCCUCGCCGCUGACGACUCAGCUUCCCCAAGCGGCUGGCGCAGCUUACGGCAUCAAACUACGGGGGAAGAAGGCCUGCGUGGCUUGCUACUUCGGCGAAGGCGCAGCCAGCGAGGGUGACGCUCACGCAGCUCUGAACUUCGCCGCUACCUUGGCCUGUCCGAUCGUGUUUAUUUGUCGCAACAACGGAUACGCCAUAUCGACUCCGAGUCAUCAGCAGUACAACGGGGAUGGAAUCGCGGCUAAGGGGCCGGCUUACGGAAUAAACACGAUCAGAGUGGAUGGCAACGACAUUCUCGCCAUCUACAACGCUACGGAGUACGCUCGUAAUUACGCCGUGGAGAAUCAGAAGCCGGUGCUGAUCGAAGCUAUGACUUAUCGCGUCGGACAUCACAGUACGUCCGACGACAGUACGGCUUACAGAUCGAACACUGAAAUCAGUUCACGUGCGAACGACAGUCCGAUUCUCAGGUUGAGGAGUUAUUUGGAAUCCUGCAACUUGUGGGAUCAGUCGAAGGAGGAGGAAUUGUCGAAGGAGAGCAAGAGGAACGUGAUCGAAGCGAUCGCUGCGGCGGAGAAGAAGUUGAAGCCUGGCUGGAAAGACAUGUUCGAGGAUGUUUAUUGCGAAAUGCCCAAGCAUAUGAGAAAGCAGGUGGAUUUGAUGGAGACGCAUAUGCUCAAGUACGAGGACAAAUAUCCGAUGUCGAAGUACAUCCGUCAAUAGUUUUUUGACUCGUGUUUUUUUUUUUUUUUAUUCUCUUGCCUUACUUGUACAUGCAUAUAGGUAUAUACUAUAUUAGAAUAGUUUUUUAUAAAAGGAUUUCGUACAUACUCUUUGGAUGUUUAUAUAUUUUUAUAAAAGUUUAUAAUUGUGCGUAUAACUUUUAAGUUUACUUGUUAUUCAAGCUAUUGUAUAUAAUAAUGAUAUUAUUGUGUUUUAUUGAAAAAAAAUUAAAAAUAAAAAAUCAAAUAAA